GUCCUCUGCCAUUUUGGGUGCGAAGGCCGCCCGCCGUUUCCAAGACAACAACUCACAAACAAAUGAACGUGCAGGGUUUCCCCACUUUGUUUGGUUAGCAAAAACAUGUUUAUCUAACAAUCGACGAAGACACUUGCAGCAAACCUGAAAAAUGUCGUCCGGGAGACAGCGGCGCAACAAUUCUCACAGUCACCGUCAGAGGAUGAUCCUGGAGAACCGCAGACAGGAGGAAAUUCGUGAAGAUCAGGGCAAACGUGUGGCCAAAGAACGGCAGCUUCAGGCUAACCUCCAAUGCGAAGAUAGAGUGGAGAAAAAGCGCUUCCUCCGCAGACUGCAGGAUGAAGAGUAUGGAAAACACCUCGAGGAGACACUUCGUAAAGCAGAGGAGGACAGAGAGUUCAGAGAGAGGCAGCUUGAACAGGAAGAGAGGAUGGCAAAGGAGAUGGCGAGAAUUCAUGAUGAGAAACUCCGAGAUGAAAAGAUGAGGCAGUACAUUAAAGAGAACAGUGCUGAGCUUCGAGAGUUAGAGUUAAAGCUCAAGUCGGCCUACUUGAACAGAGAACGGGCAGCACAGGUAGCAGAAAAGGAGACGAUGCGAUAUGAAGCAACGAGACAAGAAGCUGCUAUCGCCCGUAAAAUAAAAGACGAGCUGGAGCAGGCACAGAUAGAGAAUGAGAAACAAGAGCAGAAGAGGUAUGAAGAGGUGGUGCGAUACCAACAAGAUCUUGAGCAACAGCUUGAGGAGAAGGAGCGCAAGAGGCAGGAGGCGUAUGAGGAGUUCAUCAAAGAGAAACUCCUAGUGGAUGAAAUAGUGCGGAAGAUCUACGAGGAGGAUCAAAUGGAGCGCCAGUUACAACUUGAGAAGGUUACAGCCACUCAGCGGUACAUUGAAGAUUUUAAGAAGCAGCAAGUGGAGUGGAGACGCAUGGAGCGAGAUAGGAUGGAGGCCGAGAACAGGCGCAUCCUUGAAUAUGCUCACUACCAGCAGAGAAGGGAGGAGGACAGGAUGGAGAAAAUUAGGGAGCGAGAGCAGGCGAAAGAGACCCUGCACAAAAUGCUUUCAAAGCAGAUUGAUAUAGAAAGAAGACAGCGUGAAGAGAUGGAGCGUGUCCGUGAGGAACUUGGUUUGGAAGAGCAGGCUGAGGCUGCAAGGCAAAAAGAAAUCGAAGAGAUGGAGAAGAGGAUCCGGCAGCGCCUGGAACUGCAGCAGACACGCCAGGAGAUGAUGGCCUUCAAACAGAUGCGCAAACAAGCUGAGAAAGAGGAAGAGGAGGCCUUCAGAAACAUGAUGAUGGCCAAGUUUGCAGAGGAUGACCGCAUUGAGCAGAUGAACGCCCAGAAGCGCCGUAUGAAACAGUUAGAACACAAAAGGGCUGUGGAGAAUCUGCUGGAAGACAGGAGACAGCAGUACCUUGCUGAUAAAGAGAGAGAAGCAGAGGAGAGCGCAAUGGAGCAGGAGAGAGAAGCUCAACGUAGACAGAUCAUUGAAGAGGAAAGACAGAGGCUCCUAAAACAGCAUGCUACCAAACUGCUGGGAUACUUACCAAAGGGUAUUUUCAAAGAGGAUGAUCUGAAGCACUUUGAUGAGGAUUUCAGAAACAAUUUUAAACAACAACAGGCCGAUAUCUUUUCAGACGAGGCUUGGGGGGAAGAUUAGCUGUGACAGUUCUUGUCAUGAACACCACAUUAUUUUUCUUGGAGGUCUUAAGUGCUUAGUACUGGGGUUUUUAAGUUUCUAAAUGCUGUUACUGUAUAUUUUAUCCUACAAGCUAUUAGAAAUGGCCAAUUACAAUGGAUUUUAUCAGACAAAAAUGUUUUUCUUUAUUUUGCUUAAUGACCAAACUUGAUUGACAUAAAAAAAUACUACCUAUAACAGUU